CGUACUCGCCUGCCUGAAACUGGCUUUGCAUGUCAUUUAUGUGGAGAAAGAUUCAAUAAGAAAGAUAAAUUAAGGCAACACAUGCAUUCUCAUAUGAAAGAAAAGUUUUUCAAGUGUGACAUUUGUGGUGAAAAGUUUUUAGAUAAAACUCAAUUAGAUCUACAUCGACCCAAACAUUUCUUUAGAUGUGAAAAUUGUGGUGAAGGUUUUGUCAAAUAUGCAGAUUUGAAAGCACAUUCAGUAAAACAUGACUCUGUUUCUAAAUUCACUUGUUUUGUUUGUAGAAAAAGUUUUCCAUAUAAAAGUAUUUUAAUGGCUCAUAUUGAUAUUCAUAAUACUGGAGCUUUUGAGUGUGAUCAUUGUUAUGCUAAAUUUAACGGCAGAUCUCAGCUUAGUAAACAUUAUUUUGCACAUCAUUCUACU